UAUCGUGCACCAGCUGUUGUUUAAAUGCAUAGGCCCCCGCCCCGUGUCUUACCAGAGGCUGCUGUUCUGUCCUGCCUUAGAGUGUAUUACCCGCCAGCUGCAUGUUAGCCACGACUCUGUGAAACACAAGAUAUUACAGUUUUUAAUGUCCCAUUGGUAGGAUAAAUGUGCUUUCAGUUCGUCCCAUUUAUUUGCAAGCGAUUGAACGUUAGCUAGCAGGACGGAAGGCAAGGGCAGAUUAGCCACUCUCUUUCGUGAAAUCUCCAUUUCCUUUUCCAGUGAUUAACGGGGAUCUGGGCCUGGUCGGAUAUCUGCAUUAUUUCCCUCCUGUCCGACURAUUGAAGAAGAACUCUUCGUCCAGUUUGAGCCAUGGAGUGCCAGGUGGAGGAGCUGAGGCAGCAGCUGGAGAAACAGACCCUGAUCAACCAGGAGCUGCAGAACCACAACAAGGACCUGGAAAGAAGACUGCAGGAGACGGAGAAGUUACUGCAGGAGCUACAGAGUCAUUACCAUGACCUGGAGUUCCCUGAUCAGAGGAUCAGUGAUGAAGGGGGACUUGUGGUCAGGAAGAGCAGAGCGGCUGUCAUGGCCCCUGAGCCAAUCCCAGAGGAUCAGCUGGAGAUCAUGAAGACUAAAGUCAAGAAGACCGUCAGUGAGACGAGUCUGAUCGUCAAGGCCAUCCAGAAGAAUGACUUCCUGAGACGCCUUGACGAUGAGCAGAUCACCAUGAUGGUGGAGCUCCUGGUGGCCAUCGACUUCAAACCAGGAAAUGAUGUAAUCAAGGAGGGCACUGAGGGAGACAGCAUGUACAUCGUAGCAGCGGGUGAGCUCCUUGUCAGUCAAGCAGAUUGUAACCUUCGAACCCUGACCUGUGGGGAUGUUUUUGGAGAGUUGGCUAUUCUGUAUAACUGCAAACGCACAGCCACAGUCAAAGCCAAGACAGUGGUGCGUCUGUGGUUUAUGGAGAGACAGAUGUAUAGAACCAUCAUGACCAACAAGUCCAAGAAGAAACGUGAACAGCUAAUGGGCUUCCUAAAAACGUCUCGGACUCUGAAGGCCCUAAAUGACAGUCAGCUCUCUAAGAUAAUUGACUCCAUGGAGGAGGUGAAGUACCAGAACAAUGAUGUCAUUGUACGUGAGGGGGKAGAGGGCAACACGUUCUACAUCAUUCUCAAAGGAGAGGUCAAGGUGACUAAGAAGUUGAACGGGCAGGAGAAACAGAUUCGCAAGAUGGGCAAAGGGGAGCAUUUCGGGGAAUUGGCCCUGAUACGUGAAAUCCUGAGGACUGCAACAUGUACUGCUGUUGGCCCUGUGACCUGCUUCUCCAUCGAUAAGGAGGUGUUUGAGGAGACGAUCCCCAUUGAACACCUGGAGCUCCAUGAUGACAUCAGCUCUAAGGUUUUGGAGGAGCCAGAUGCUCCAGAGAAGACCAGUCCUAGUUCCUCUCUGAGACUGAAGGACCUGAUCCCUGUACUGUACCAGGAGGGGCGUUACCAGGGAGAACCUGUCACUCUCGGAGUGGGAGGGUUUGGUCGCGUUGAACUGGUGACCACUCUGCAUCAUGGAAAGUACUUUGCCAUGAAGCGGGUCAGUAAGAAACACAUUGUUGCCAAGCGACAGGAGGAGCACGUCCUGUUUGAGAAGAGGAUCCUCAAAGCCAUCACGAGUGACUUCAUUGUCAGGCUCCAUUUUGCCUUCAAAGACACUCGCUACAUCUACAUGAUUAUGGAGUUCUGUGUAGGAGGGGAGAUCUGGACCAAGCUCAAAGAAGUUGGACGUUUUGAUGAGCCCAUUGCUGUAUUCUGCACUGCCUGUGUAGUGGAGGCCUACGCCUACCUCCAUAAGAAGGGCAUCAUGUACAGAGACCUCAAGCCUGAGAAUCUGAUGCUGGAUGCCAAGGGCUACGUUAAACUGGUGGACUUUGGCUUUGCUAAGGAGUUAGUGCACGGUGAUAAGACCUACUCAUUCUGUGGUACUCCGGAAUACAUGGCCCCAGAAAUCAUCCAGAACCAGGGACACGACUUCGCUGCUGACUUCUGGUCCCUGGGUAUCCUGGUCUAUGAGCUGCUGGUGGGGAGCCCUCCAUUCUCCAGUUCUGAGCCCGCGAAGAUCUACCCUAAAAUUUUGGACGGGGUGCUCAAGUUCCCCCCUUACAUGGGCGAGGGGGCCAAGUCCCUCAUCAGUAAACUGUGCAGGCCUCGGCCGGGUCAGAGGCUGGGAAACACCAAGAAUGGGAUUAAAGAUGUACGCCAUCACAGGUGGUUCAGCAGUAUGAACUGGCACAAACUGCGUGUGGGCCAGGUGGAGGCUCCUACAAUCAGACUCAUACGCAAGGGUCCGUGCUACAUCAACUUUGAUCGCUUCCCGUUCGACCAGGCUCUGGCUGAUGAGGAGUUCUCCGGCUGGGACAYAAACCUCUGACUUGAACCAGAGUCAGAGGUCACGGGUUCACUGAUAGAUUUAUCCAGAUCAGACUACUUCUUGGUGACCUUGGUUUARCCCUUACCUUUAAGACUCUGAAAGCAAUGUAGGGGUAGGGAUGAGACUAUGCCCAAAGCCAUUAAUACACAUGGUCAGAUUCUGACUACUUUUUACUAAGGCUCUGAUUUCUCCAUGCUGGCUUCACAGAAUCCUCUGMUGGCUGCUCUGGCACUUUAAUAAAGUAAGAGAUACUGUACAACACAGAGAGGCAUGAAGGAAACGUAAAAUAUAAACAGACUCUCUCCUACACACACACACCUGUGUAACUUGACACGUGUGCUCAUUGAAAGCUGUAUGUGUGUGUUGUGCCCAAAAGAAAGAUUAAUUAAUAGAAAAUGUUGGAUGCAAUGUCUCAUGCUGGACAAAGAUAUGGUUUUACCAUUGACCCUCAUUGUACWUUGUAAUUUAGGAUGGCAUUAUUGCUAGUCUCUAUUCCUUGUAACAUAUACUGUCUGUAUAGAAUGCUCAGUGUAUGUGUUUCACUUUACAAUAAAUGUAUACGUCACCAAUGACCCUUAAAUGUAUACAUAGAGGAGAAAAGGUGCUUUAGUACAUGUCAACACUGGGGGGGUGGAGGCUGAACAGGAAUGCAGAGUCUGUUCUAAAUUAAAUCCUAUACUGUAGUUUGGUACAGAGCACAGGUUUGGUAUGAAGUCAAGUACUAUGUAGUAUUUGAACAUCAUUACACACUUCCUCAGUGUCUGUUAGCUUGACUUAAGCUAUUUUACUUGACUGUGAUGAAUCGAUCAAGUCAUCAGACCUCUAAGGACAAACAACUCUUAUCAGGAGGGAAUAACAAAACAACAAAUCAAUAUGCCUAAUCUGUGAUGGUGGUCUGAAGUACAUCUGAUUUAUAUUGGAUUAAAAAGGAACUGGAUGAUUGAUCAACAUGUUGAUCCAAGGGGCGUACAAAUUGCCAUUGACAAUACUAUUAUGAUGAAUAAUAUUUUUUAUAUGCUGCCAAGGACAGCUUCCAGUGUUUGUUACUACUGUUUUUCAUUUGUGUAUAUCUGCCAGGCCAUCUUUGUAWACUGAACAAAAAUAUAAACGAAACAGUGUUGGUUUCAUGUUUCAUGAACUGAAAUAAAAGAUCCCAGAAAUGUUCCAU